AUGGUGUGUGAUUCUAUUCCAACUCAUGGUAAACACACGGGCAAAGAUAUUGCUUCCAUCUUUUACAAGUAUCUUGUCCAAUAUGGGUUGGAACAUAAAAUCCAAGGAAUUACCGUCGAUAAUGCAUCGGCUAACACUAGAUUCAUGAUUGAACUGCAAAAACUCCUGUCUAGUUUUGAUUCAGAGAAUCAAUAUUUUCAAUGUAUGGCACAUAUUUUUAAUCUAGGGGUGCAAGACAUGCUGAAGAAUUUAGGCUUAACAUUCAACGACGACGAUGAAGACAGGACUGUUGAGUUCGAAGAUCCUGACUCUGAUACUGAUAAUGAUAAUGAUAAUGAUGACACAGUUCAGGCUGCUGAUACUAUGACAGAUGAUGGGAAUUCUAGUCUGAUUGAAGAUUCAUCAAAUACUCUGAUGAAGCUUCGGUCGAUUAUUAGUAAAAUAAGAAGGAGCAAAAUUGUAUACAAAAAAUUCAAUUCUGCCUGUGAAACUGCUGGUGUUCCAACUAGGAUGCGCCCAACGCUAGACUGUCCAACUAGAUGGAAUUCCACCUAUGACAUGAUCGGAACCGCUUCGAAACUGAAAGGUGGAAUCACAAUGUUGUGCAGUAUAACACCGGAAUUAAGUCAAUACAAAAUUCGCACUCGCGAAAGGUUCAUUAUGGAAAAAUUGUAUAAAUUUCUAAUAAAUUUCGAAAAUUUAUCAGAAAAACUGGUAGGCGAUAAAUAUACAACAUUUUCGUUAGUUAUUGUCUCAUUUAAUCUCCUACUGGACAAAAUCGAAAUGAUAUCUAAACAGCUUGAUGACAAAAUUGAUCGGGAUAAUGCAGAUGAGCAACUGGUAUUAGGAUUCGAAGCCGCAAAAAACAAAAUGUUAAAGCACUAUACCAGAACCAACUGGAUCUAUUGCUCUGCUUUGAUUUUAGAUCCCAGGCAUAAGCUGAAGACUUUCAACUUGACACCUUGGGGCCGUAAAAUAAAAGAAGAGAGUUUUCUUAAGUUUAAAGAGAUAUAUAAAAAAUACGAAACUCAAAACCUUCCUCCCAGGCAAGAGGUUGAAGAAGUUAAAAGUGCUGAAGAUAAUGAAGAUACAAUAGAUUAA